AUGUCAACCCGCGAACCUAGUCAUGCCGGAAGCUGGUAUAGCUCGUCCAAAUCACAACUCUCGACUCAACUCGAUGGUUGGUUGGACAAGGUCAACACUCCCGUACAGCCUAUCGGCCAAAUCUCGUCUCAAGAGUCUCUGAGCUCCUUGCCUGUGUCCGGCGCCAGAGUCAUCAUUGCUCCACACGCCGGAUACUCAUACUCUGGACCUGCAGCUGCCUGGGCCUAUCGCUCAUGGGAUGUCUCAAAAGCAAAGCGUGUCUUCCUUCUCGGUCCUUCACACCACUUCUAUCUAUCCAAAUGUGCUCUGAGUCAAUGCGACAAGUACGCCACUCCACUAGGCAACCUGACAGUCGACAGAGAAACAACAAAACAACUCUACGAGACCGCAAAGUUUCAAUGGAUGAGCAAGGGUGUGGAUGAAGACGAGCACAGUCUGGAGAUGCACCUACCCUACAUCUACAAGAUCCUAUCCAGAUCCUUUUCCUCCGAGUCAUCAUUCCCAAAACUUGUUCCUAUCAUGGUGGGCAACACGAAUCCAGCCACCGAAAAGCAAUUCGGUCAGCUUCUCGCACCAUACCUGCAAGAUUCUUCCAAUGUCUUUGUCAUCAGUUCGGACUUUGCACACUGGGGCUUGCGUUUCCGCUACACUUACUACCAACCUUCUUCUGGCGAUGCCAAAGAUCUGUCCGCGCGCUCAAAAGCACCCAGAGAUCCUCCCAUCCACGAAAGCAUCAAGAAGGUUGAUUUUGAAUGCAUGGAUGCUUGCGAGACGGGUAGUCAUGAUGCUUGGUUGGGUGCUUUGGCUGAGACUGGCAACACGGUUUGUGGAAGGCAUCCGAUUGGUAUCGUCAUGGCUGCCAUGGAGGUGGUGGACAGUUCUGCCAGAUUCAAGUUUGUUCGCUAUGAACGCAGUAGUGAGUGUGCCUCGGUCGAGGACAGUAGUGUCAGCUAUGCUAGCGCUUUUGCUGUCAUUUAA